UAUAUUGUUUGAUCCGUUGGCACGAGGUCGACGUUGGUUCAACGAUAUUAUUAUCAAUCGUGAGCCACAAAGUUCCUCUGCGAAUCUUUCCGGAUGGGACCGAAGACGACGUGGCUGCUGUUGGCGGUCACGAUGACGCUGUUGCCCGGCACGCUGUCGGGGACGAUCUCGGCGGGACCGCGACGACGAAACGCGGACGGUGGCGGUGGCGACCAAUCCGAUGGCGACAACGACGACGACAACUCUUACGGCGAAUUCGAAGAAAAGAUUCUCCGGACGUUUAUAGGAAAAUUAAUUGAAAAAUACGGUACAAAUAUCCAGUCACCCACCAAGUCAACAAACAUACAACGUAUUGCAAAGAAAAUUCGAACGAGCAGUUCUAAAAUUCCUAUCUUAGACGAUGAACAUAUAGCGACUCUGUCAAUUUAUCCAUUCCUUGUUAACCCGUUUUAUCAACCAUCCUUUUACUCAAGUUAUAUUCCAUUACCCUAUGAUGCAACAACUAAUCUAAUUCCCGUUGGGCAAAUACUGCAUCAAGAAGAUGAAUACCACCAUCGGUUUUUAGGACCUUUACAUACCCGAUACCCAAUCGGGUAUACAAACGUUCCAGGAGUUAUGAGCUCAACCCUUUUAAAUAAUGGUCCUGAAAUUAAAAAAACCACAAAUGUCCAAAAUUCCAUUCCCCCGGAUAACCAAGAAGUGAUCCAAAAACAUGACAAGGAAUUACAUUCAUCUGAUCAAAUACUAAACCAAAAUCAGGAUGAUUUUGAUCAUACUUUACCAAUAGGACUUAACCUGGAAGAUCCGAUAAAAAUGUAUCAAAAAAAAGACGAAAAAAUUAAACAACUAAAUUCAAAAAUGAAUCGAAAAUUACUUGACCAUAUUAUUGUGGAUGAUCUUCCAAACACAAUAACUGCAAAUCAAAAUCAAACGACUGGAUCUCCAGAAAUUCGAGACCUUCAACCGUCAACUACUUUUGUUGAGUUCGACACAUCUAUGCCAUUAGAUACAAUUAAUUUUCCAAAAACAUAUCUAGUUUCUCCUCUUCCACCGUUAACUAUUUCGAAUGAACCAAGUAAAUCCGAAAUAUAUAACAACUCAGUCUCACAGCUUUCAUUAAACUCUGAUGAAUUUAUCAAAGUAAAGCAAAUUGAAUUACACCGUUCUACAACAGAAGAGCCAUCAACUUUGUCAAACACAGAACAACUAGUAACUACGGUCGAAACAUAUUUAUCAAAUAUCACCAGUGACAAAAAUCAGGAGAAUACAUUGACCUCUGAAAAAAGGAGCCGACCGGAUGAACCACAAAAUUCUCAUCACUAUUCUAACGACAAGUACACAACUGAUAUUUUAAAAAAGCCAAUAAUUAACAUCGAAGAAAUAUCAAUAGAAAUAGCCAAAACAACACAAAACGCUGAAGUUUUCAAUGCAUUAUCUACACUUCCAACAACAACUAUGACUACAACAUUUUCAACUCCAUUGUAUGAAAAUAACGAUUCCAAAAUAUCAAAAUCCUCUAUUGUAGAUAGAGCCGAAACAAAUAUUAAUGGCAAAUUAUAUCAGACUUCAGUUAAAAAGGUAACUAAUACACCUGAUGACAAAUUGACGAAAGUUAGUAACGAACAGGAUAACAUUAUGGAUUUGAUUAAUUCGUCAAGACCUCCAUCUAUAAUAUCUAUAACGACUUCAGAAACGUUCACUUUGCCAUACACAAAAACAUCGUCUAUAAUAUCGCAAUCGUCACCAGCACACUCUAAAUAUUAUUCUUCAACCAAAUCACCAGCUCUAAACUGUACUACCAAUAAGAGAAAUACAAUUGAACCAACAAGUGUAAGUUACACUUCAUUAUUACCCACAAUUCUACAACCACUAAAUAUUACAAAUAACACAACUUCAAUAUUAGUAGAAACUAAAACGGAACAAACUCCAUUGAUCACAUUGAAUUCCAAUGAAUAUAUCAAUAACAUUAAACAUAGCACUAAUAUCUCUAGACAUCAUGAUAAAUCAACUAGAUCAUCUUCAACACCGACAAUUCGUAUUCCAUCGUAUGAUGUUUUUAACACUGGAAAACCCAUAAAAACUGUCCAAAAUAAUUUACCAUCUGAUGUAACUAUAUUCUCAAAGAAAUACCAAAGCCAAAUACCAACAUCAACUGAAAUAUUAAAUACGUACAAUGACGAUGCUACUAAUACUUACUUCCCGGUCACAACAAAAGGAACAAAAAGAAGCACAUUGAAACCAACAGCUACGUCGAUAAAUCAAUAUAACUCUGUUCAGAGAAAAACACCUCUUGAUACAGUUUCAGGUUAUUCAAAGUUUAGUAAAACAACGUACAAUCAAGAUCGGUAUAUGACGGAAACAUCAAACACCCCACAAUCUAUUGACGAUUCCGAACUAUGGUACAAUCAUAUGAACCCUCAAAAUGCACUUAAAAAAGAUGUAAAUGAAGAGCAAAUACACGUUUUGUUAAAAAAAAUGAUAAAAUUACUCAAACCAGAAAUCGAGAAACAAACCCUAACUAAAGAAAGUGUAGUGAGACUCGUACCACCAAGACUUGGAGAUCCAGAGAAGUUUGUAUACAUCAUAUAUCCAUGGAUACUUGAUGAGGCUAAAAAUAUAGAAAACGAGGAACGUACAAAAAUCAACGCAAAUCCAUUGACCACUUCUGACAAAUUAAAAUGAUAAUUUUCUUAUAAAAAAUGUAUUUAUUUUUUAUUAAAAAAACAUUGAUAAAAAUACUGUAAAU